GUUGAGCUGGCAAGCAGCUGUUUUGGCUGGGGCCCCAGACGAAGGCUACCUGAGUGAGGGGGCCUGUGGCCAGGACGUUCUGUGGCCUCGGGGAGUGAUUAAGUGGAGGCACGAGCACCCGCUAUACUUCGCCAUGAGUUUCCUUAUCGAUUCCGGCAUCAUGAUUACCUCCCAGAUACUUUUCUUUGGAUUUGGAUGGCUUUUCUUCAUGCGCCAACUGUUUAAGGACUAUGAGGUGCGUCAGUAUGUGGUACAGGUGAUCUUCUCUGUGACUUUUGCAUUUUCUUGCACAAUGUUUGAGCUCAUCAUCUUUGAAAUCUUAAAAGUAUUGAAUAGCAGCUCCCGUUAUUUUCACUGGAAAAUGAACCUGUGUGUAAUUCUUCUGAUUUUGGUUUUCAUGGUGCCUUUCUAUAUUGGCUAUUUUAUUGUGAGCAACAUCCGACUAUUGCAUAAACAGCGACUGCUUUUUUCCUGUCUCUUAUGGUUGACCUUUAUGUACUUCUUCUGGAAAUUAGGAGAUCCAUUUCCCAUUCUCAGCCCAAAACAUGGGAUCUUGUCUAUAGAGCAGCUUAUCAGCCGAGUUGGUGUGAUCGGAGUGACUCUUGUGGCUCUUCUUUCUGGAUUUGGUGCUGUCAACUGCCCAUACACUUACAUGUCCUAUUUCCUCAGAAAUGUGACUGACACAGAUAUUCUCUCCUUGGAACGACGACUGCUCCAAACCAUGGAUAUGAUCAUAAGCAAAAAGAAAAGGAUGGCAAUGACACGGAGAACAAUGUUCCAGAAGGGGGAGGUACAUAACAAACCAUCAGGAUUCUGGGGAAUGAUAAAGAGUGUUACCACUUCAGCACCAGGAAGUGAAAGCAGAAUACUAAGGGAUAAGAUGAUGAACAGAGUACAGCCUCUCUCCUCAAAGAGCUGCCCGUCUGGCCUUGGGAGACACCGACAUGUAACUAGCAAAACCCUGUUGUUUGGUGGCCCAGCCAUGCCACUGGCAGCCAUUACUGAGGAAGGAACUGAAGGGCACUUGUUGACUUGGGAAGUGGAUGCUUUGGAAGAAUUAAGCAGGCAGCUUUUUCUGGAAACAGCUGAUCUGUAUGCUACCAAGGAGAGAAUAGAAUACUCCAAAACUUUCAAGGGGAAAUAUUUUAAUUUUCUGGGUUACUUUUUCUCUAUUUACUGUGUUUGGAAAAUUUUCAUGGCAACCAUUAAUAUCGUUUUUGACCGAGUUGGGAAAACUGAUCCUGUCACAAGAGGCAUUGAGAUCACUGUGAAUUAUCUGGGGAUCCAAUUUGAUGUGAAGUUCUGGUCCCAACACAUUUCCUUCAUUCUGGUUGGAAUAAUCAUUGUCACAUCCAUCAGAGGAUUGCUGAUCACUCUUACCAAGUUCUUUUAUGCCAUCUCCAGUAGUAAGUCCUCCAAUGUCAUUGUCCUGCUAUUAGCACAGAUAAUGGGCAUGUACUUUGUCUCCUCUGUGCUGCUGAUCCGAAUGAGCAUGCCUCUAGAAUACCGCACCAUCAUCACCGAAGUCCUUGGAGAGCUGCAGUUCAACUUCUAUCACCGCUGGUUUGAUGUGAUCUUCCUGGUCAGUGCUCUCUCCAGCAUAUUGUUCCUCUAUUUGGCUCACAAACAGGCACCAGAGAAGCAUAUGGCACCUUGAACUCAUGUCUACUGCAGACUGCUACAGGCCAGUGGUGUCCAAAUUUGGAUAUAAGAGAGAAAAAUAAUGGAGGAGACAAGGGCCUAGUGUUUUUUAAACAAACAAAUGUGGUGGUAGCAUAUUCUACCUCUAGCUUAUGCCUUCCUACUCAGAUAAUACUGUGACCGCGAGUACCAUCAGUUAGAACAUGAGAGAGUGAAGUGACGCAAGCCUAGUACUCUGCUGAGAGCAUCCUGAGUGAAUCUGAGGUCAGUGCAGUAUUUGGGGAUGGAGGGAAGACCCUAGAAACUAGGAGGAAAAAUACACUGGAACUCUUGGAUAAGAGAAGUCUAAGGUAGCUGAGCCAAACACAUAGGAUUUCUGUUUAAUUCAAGAUUCACAUGGAGGGUGUAUGGUUUCCCUUUGAGACUGUCAUUCAUUAAAAUCAGAGAUUGUAACUCUUUGGCCUUAGCUUCAUUUUAUCAAGGAUAGCUUGUUAUGUUGAGAGAUCUAACAGGAGUUGCCAUCCCACCCCUGCUCCAUUAAAAUAACCAAGAGGUUGUCUUUUAUUUUCUGGGGAAGGAAUGUUAUGCAACUGAAAUAGAUUCUACCUAGAAAGACUUAAAUUAUGUCAUUUUUCUUGAUUUCCUUUUAAGCAUGAAUUAUUCUACAUUCAA